AGCAGAUGAAACUGGGAAGCAAUAGGCAAAUUGAAUCAAUAUAAGCGUAUAAAACAAUAGGUGGUCCAUAAAUGCUUCUGAGUUUUUUAUAUUGGUCUCUCAUGACCAAACUGUAGUAAGAAGGCUUACAGAUGUGCGCUUGUGUGUGUUUUCCAUAUGUUUCUCAUUGGAGAUUGGUGGUAUAGUAACGGUGGCGUCACACUACUCGAUCAGCGGCCAUUUUCAUCGUAAGCGAGCGAUCACUCUCGAUGAUAUCAACAUAAAUUGAAACUCUACUCAUCAACGCAGCGUACACACACACACACAACUCUCGUUGAGUGAGAGUAACAGUGAGUACAACUGAGAACUGAGUUGUCAGACACCUGUGAAUGCCUGUGGAGAAUUGACGAGUGUAUUUUCUUUUAAAUAACAAGGGCGUGUCACGAUGAAGUUUAUAAUAUUAAUUGCCGCUGCAUUUAUACAAUCGAUCACUUGUCAAAGAGCUCCAACAAUAUCAUACAUAUCCCAGGAACAAAUAAAGGACAUUGGUGGUACUGUUGAACUACAAUGUUCUGUUCAAUAUGGUCAGGAGUAUCCAGUCUUGUGGGUAAAAAUGGAUAAACAGACAGGUGACCAAACGCCAAUUUCUUCCAAAACAUCGCUGAUUAUUCGUGACAGUAGAUUCGCUCUCAGAUUCGAUACAGCUACUGCUACAUAUACUCUUCAGAUCAAAGACAUUCAAGAGACUGAUGCUGCGCGCUAUGAGUGCCAGGUUCUAAUUUCUGUAAACAACCGAAUCCGUGCCAGUGUUGAACUUCAAGUUCGUCGUGCUCCAUUUAUCAGUGAUAACUCAACUCGUGCAGUAGUUGCUAGCGAGGGUGAGCCUAUCACUCUAGAGUGUUAUGCAAGUGGUUAUCCUGCUCCUAGAAUUUCGUGGCGUAGAGAAAAUAAUGCUAUUUUACCCACAGGAGGCUCAAUAUAUCGAGGAAACGUAUUGAAGAUACCAGCAGUACGAAAAGAAGAUCGUGGAACGUAUUACUGUGUUGCUGAUAAUUCAGUUGGUCGAGGUACCAGACGGAACAUCAAUGUCGAAGUUGAAUUCGCCCCAGUAAUAACAGUAUCCAGACCCCGAGAAGGUCAAGCUCUGCAGUUUGAUGCUGACUUGAAGUGCCACGUUGAAGGUUACCCAAGUCCCGCAAUAACUUGGUUACAAAAUGGAGUUGAAUUAUCAAGCAAUCAGCAUUACAUUAUAUCACAGUUCGCCACUGCCGACGAAUAUACUGAUGCAACCCUUCGUAUAGUCACUGUCGAGAAAAGGCAGUACGGAGAAUAUGUUUGCCGUGCAAAUAACAAACUUGGCACCAGAGAAGCUAAACUUGAACUUUACGAAACAAUUAUCCCAGUAUGUCCUCCGGCUUGUGGACAAGCCAAAUACGGAACAGGUGCUAUUCCAGUUUCAUCUGGACCUCUUAUAGCUCUUGUGAUGCUUACAGUAGCUUUGUACAAAAACUUCAAUGCCAAAUAUUAAUUAUCCUGGUUUACUUUCAUCGACGGCACAUGAAAAUUUCUUAUCCAAGUGGCUUCUCACCAUUUUUUGGAUUAUCAUAUUGACAAAAUCGAAAAGUUAUUAACGAGUCUUCUGGUCGUUUUUAUAUAAAAAGGUUACAUUUUUCCUUACAAUUUAGAUAUUUAAAUACUCGCCAACAUCGAAAGUAAUUUUUAUAUUAUUUUGAUACUAAUAGAUCUGAACAUUUUCUCUCUAUAACAAGUAUAAUUUAAAAAAAAAGCAUAA